AUGACCGAGAAAUCCGGGCACAAACCCACCUCGUUGCAAAGUCAGUCCAUGGGAGUAGAUCUCGCUGGACCCAAGCCUCAAGAUCGCGCGAACGCCGACGCGGACGCGGACGCGGCCGCAGACGCCGCGAUGUUGCCGUUCCACACCUCCCUCGCUCAUCCCCGGUCCCGUCUCACGAUGGAAUCCUCCCGGACAACGCGCGAUGGCAGAACCCAUUGCGCUGGCAGCGCUGUCGUCGAGGAUAAACUCACCCACGUGAACAGAUGCCCCCGCGCGUACCACUACUUCAACAGCGUGUACCCUGACCACAGUCUCAGAGUCGAGUACUCCGACGACCCUCGCUAUCCCGCAGGCGAGUACCCCGAGGGUGCAUAUCCGACCGACGCAUACCUUGUAGCAGGGGACGAGGACUCAGAGUCAGAGCAUUACGAUGGCCGCGAGGACGAGACCGACUAUGAUGAUUAUGGGGGCGGUGGUGAAGCCGAUGAUGACGACGACUGGGACGUAAGCCGGCGCGGGGAUUCCCUUCGCGACGGCGAUGAAGAGAGCGUAGACCAUGACCGGUUUUGUGAGGUGGAUGAGGCCGAGUCUGUGGGUCGAGAGCCCUUGCAGUCGAUCGAGGGAGAGUCGACCAAGGCUUGGGACGACUCCAAGGAUACAGAGAGGGUUGCAGCUGCGUUCAUGGGAACGACGACGGUCCCCGAAUGUAGAGGCCAAGGGGAGAAUGGAGAGAUCUGUCAUCAUCCUUGCCACGUCGGCACUCCCCAUGCUCAGCCCAACUUCACAUGGCGUACGCUUUUCGCAUUAGGCGCUUGUGUCGGGAUGGCAUUAUAUGCCUGGAAGUUGGCUCUGGAUCAACCCUAG